AAGAUCAUAAUUCAAGACAUAACCACCACUAAAAUAUCCUUUAACAUAGUAAAUUAGCAUAAUAACCAAAGUUGUGAUAUGGCACAAGUGAAGUUGCUAGGUUUUUGGUAUAGUCCAUUUACUCACAGGGUUGAGUGGGCUCUAAAGAUUAAGGGGGUAAAAUAUGAAUAUACAGAAAUAGAGCAAGAUAAAAAGAACCUUCCACGUCUUGAAGAUUACCCUAGUUACAAGCAAGUCCCAGUGCUCAUUGACAAUGACAGGUCCAUUUGUGGUUCUAUGGUCAUUCUUGAGUACAUCGCCGAGAAAUUUGGACGCACUUCCAUUUUGCCUGAUGAUUUUUGUGACCGUGCUUUAGCUCGUUUUUGGGCUAACUUCCUUCAUAAUAAGAUGGAAACGGUGAGGAAUGCAUUCUUAGGCAAAGGAAAGGUGCAAGAGAAAUCUAUAGUGGAAGUUUGUGAGAUGUUGAAAAUUCUUGGUGAUAAGCUCGAAGGCAAAACGUUCUUUGUGGCUAACGAAUUUGGAUUUGCUGAUAUUGUUGCAAAUAUGGUUGGAUUUUGGCUAGGAGUUUACCAAGAAGUCUCUGGAGUUGAAUUAGUGACAGAGAAAAAAUUUCCCAUUUUUUGUGUUUGGAGAGAUAAGUAUGUUAAUUGCAGUCAAGUCAAGAAAUAUCUACCUUCAAGAGAUAAAUUGAUUGCUUUUUACCAAGCUUCCGCUCGCCCUCAAGCUGCAGCUUCUGCUUCUACUCAAGCAUUGAGCAUAGUUACAGGUCCUUAAUGUUGCUCCACUUACUUGUACGUGUUCAUCUUUUGAAGUUUCAAAUUGUGUGUCUGAAUAAAAUUGUGAAUCUAGAUCGAUUUCAAUAGAUUCAAUUAUGUAUUCGUAUGCAAAAGAAAAAUAUAAAAUAUUGUCCCACUUA